GCGCUCCGUUGCAAACCCCGCCCUCGCUGCAUAUACUGCGCUGAUUGGUUCAACGCCACAGCAUCUCGUCUCUCAUUGGUCUGUUCGCGCGUCACUCAGAGCGCCGUCCCUCUGCACAUGGAGUAAAGGAAGCCACGUUGACAUCAAUUAGUGUGUGUGUUUUUUUUUACAGUUUGAUAGACUAAAACACCGAACCGAAUCUUCCGUUCACCGUGAAUCUCGGCGGAGGUGUGUGGUCAUCAUCAGGAUGAGUGUGGGCUUUAUCGGAGCGGGUCAGCUGGCACAUGCCCUGGUCAAGGGCUUCACAGCGGCGGGUGUAAUCGCUGCAAACAGAAUCACAGCAAGUUCACCGGACACAGAUCUGCCCACAGUCUCCGGCCUACGGAAAAUGGGUGUCAAUUUCACUACAAGCAACAAAGAGGCGACACACAAGAGCGACGUUCUGUUCCUGGCCGUCAAGCCACACAUCAUCCCCUUCGUUCUGGAUGAGAUCGGUCCAGAUAUCGAGGACCGUCACCUGAUCGUCUCCUGCGCCGCUGGAGUCACUAUCAGCUCCAUUGAGAAGGUGCACUGAUCUCAUUAACAGCUCGUUUAGUUCUCUACACACCUGUGGCUUUAA